AUGGGGUUUUGUUUUGGCCGUGGUUCGCCUCAGCUGCCGUCAGUGCAGUCUCUUCGGCAGCGUCUGCAGGGACGUUACUUGAAACGGAUUUUUCUUUUUCUUUUUGGUCACGAGUUUAUUCAACAAAACCUGUCUAGAGCACCUGCUUCGCCUCCGGACUCGCGAAUCCCACUGUGUGUUCAGCGUGUCCACUUCAGGCUUACAGAUCCGGAAUGGAAUUCGGGGGUUUCCGGGGUUUCCUCUGGAUCUCCCAUCGCGGCUGACAGGCGCAGCCAGAAAACCUUGAUGUUGUCUUCGGCAAGGGGCCGGGCUCUCCGGCCCUGGUUCACUCCCCCACAUGGCCACAAGCGGGUUGGGCAGAGCGGAAGCCCGGAGCAGGAGCUGCAUUCGGCCCCCCAGGGGGCCGGGGUCCAAGCACCCCCAGGCUCCUUAGCAGGGAGGACUGCGCUCGGGCUCCCGUGGGCUGCGGGUGCCCCAGGCGGGCUGCUGCACCUGCUGUGCCGUGGGCUGUGGGUGCCCCAGGCGGGCUGCUGCACCUGCUGUGCCGCGACACCUGCCCCGUCGUCGCCUCUCAGCUCUGUUGCGGCGGUGUCUGCCCGGGCCUGCGCUGCCCCUGCCUCCUGGGCACAGGAGACAGGAGAAUCGGGUGGAAGCCGAAGCGCGAGGCGUCAGCGUCACCUCCGAGUAGAAGCAGUUCUCUGGUCUGCUGCUCCCCUUCCUCUCUGUCUUCCCCCACCGAGGUACCCCUCCCUGACCCCAGGCCGCUUCGUGUCCUGUCCGUGGUCCGAGGCCCUAGUGGACUCUGCCCUCAGGGCUGGCGCUUGCUGUUCCCUCUGCCUGCGUAGCUCUUCCACCAGGGGACUUGCUCCCUGGAUUACCUCAGAUGCCCUUCGAACGAGUGCUCCAUCCUGUCAGGGAUUUUUGUCUUUUGCGUUAAAGAUCGAACUAUCCCAAGUGCCUAGAAAAUUGCCUAGCACGCAUGGGUGCUUUGUAAGGAGUUGCAUGAAUCAGUGA